AUGCCUCCUAUAAUACAAACCAUCGCCCUCAUGGCGCCCGACGUUGCAGAUAACGACAAUGUUCUCAAGGACAAAUCCCUGGGUCCUUCCGCAACCAUCAGGCUGGUCGCAGCAAUCACGACAAGCGGUUGGAUCACCUUCGGCCUGAUAAUCGGCCUGGUCCUAAACACACGGGGAAAAGCUAGUAGCUUUGUCCCAGAGUGGUAUCUCGACUCCAACGGCUCGAUCUGGGCAAAACUCGCUGUGGCGGCGUGGUGGGUCUUUAUAAUUCUGUUCUGGCCUGCCAUCUGCGUGGUUCAUGUGAUCUUCGCUGCUGGAAGAGCGAUUCGGAAUUUAUUUUUAAAGUCUAGUGAGAAGAGGAAGGAAAAGAAGGAGAGGGAGACUGCUGAGGUUGCUGUCGUCUAA